AUGGGCGACUUCAUCCAUCCAGGUCUCUGGCACACCCACGACCAUCUUGAACGCAUCAGACUUGGUGUCAAGAACGGUGAAGAACCGUGGGCCUCGGCUUACGCCAAUUUCAGCGCCAACACUUAUUCUCAAGCCAAUUAUCAAAUCCAAGGACCGAAGUCGGUAAUUUGCCGUGGGUCUUGCAGCAACUUCACCUCCUUCUCCAAUGAUGUGCGCGCCGCGUACCAAAACGCCCUGAUGUGGUACAUCACGAGGGACCAAGGCCACUGGGACAAGGCCACGACCAUCUUGGACGAUUGGGGUGGCAAUCUGACCAACAUCAUCGGAACGGAUACCUCGCUGCUGGUCGGACUCGAAGGCGAUAUGUUUGCCAACGCGGCCGAGAUCAUGCGGUGGGAGGGCAACUGGACCGAGCGUGGAGCCAAAGCAUCGGGCACGAGUGGCUUCUCCAACCAGCUGUACUGGCUGUUUGCGAAGCAAUCCAUAAACGUCGGACAGGCCAACUAUGGCAUGGUCAGUAUCAAGGCCAUGCUGUCGUUUGCCGUUUACCUGGACGAUGUGGCCCUGUACAACUACGCGUUCUACCAGUACUCAAACGACCCCUGCGCCGGCAUCUAUGCCAACUUCCACACUGCAACGGGGCAAAGUGCCGAAACUGGUCGCGACCAGGGACACUCCAAGGGCGGGCUCGGCUGGGCGGCAGAGGCUGCCAGAGUCAUCCAGUCUCAGGGCUUCGACGUGUACGGUUACGGCGAGAACCUGCUUCUCAAGGCCUCAGAGUACAUCGCCAAGUACAACCUUGGGGAAGACAAUGUCCCCUACGACCGCAAGUUCUACCGCUGCGAGGCAGUUCUUGUCAACGGACCGGGCGUUCGCCAGAGCCCGGCCGUCUUUGACAUUGUCUACUACCAGUACGUCGUGAAGCGCGGCCUGCAUGCCCCCUGGACUGUCAAGAUGAAGAAUGCUGUCGAUCAGAUCGGCGGCGAGGUCUCUGGUGGAAGCGAUCACCCGGGAUGGGGUGACCUGAUCUGGUCGUACCCAGGCAAGGGACGCUUCAGAAACAACGACAGCAGGACUAUCUGGGGCGGUGGCAGCAUUGGACCAAACGGGCUGGGGAAUAUAAACGCCUAG